GAAGCUGACUCAAUUCGGCGUUUGUGCGGUUCUUUAUUUAUGUCAAUUUAUUUUUGCAUUAUUUCGUGAUUUUCUAGAUUAUUUACCUACAUGCGGAGGCUUUGAAGCUGAAGGAAAGAACCUGUCAUCACAGCAUAUCUCACCAUGGCCAAGAACACGGCCAACCACGCAUUCCGCAAGAUCGACGUCGACCAGUACAACGAGGACCUGUACCGUGAGGAGGAGGCCGGCGACGCGGCCAACACUGGCCCCGACGAGGCGCAGCUGCAGCAGCUGCUGUCUGCGGGGAAGAACACGGACGCGCUGCAGUACGUGCUGCAGCAGGCGCCGGCCGGCAGCCGCAGCCAGGCGGCCAAGGACGCCGCCCUGCAGGCGGUGAUGCGCGUCCUAACCGCCUUCCGGACGGCCGAUAUGGAGGCGGCCGUGCGCUCGCUCAGUCCCGACCAGUGCGACCUGCUCAUGAAGUACGUGUACCGCGGCUUCGAGGUGCCCUGCGAGGGCAGCUCUGGCCAGCUGCUGGCGUGGCACGAGCGGCUCUAUGCGGUCGGCGGCGUCGGGUCCAUCGUCCGGGUGCUCACCGAUAGGAAACGAGUGUGAGCGCUGAAUGAGAGCGUGCUGAUCAACUGGAGAUGCAGCCGGCGGCCAGCGGGCCCCGGAAGCCGCUCUGUCUAACAGACUGGAGCUGAGGCACGGGCCGCUCGCUGCACGGCUGGCCCUAGAAGGCUUGGUUCGUAACUUCACCGAGAGGCGGCAUUGCGGGCGGCCGGUCAGAGCCGCCAGAUUUCUGGACUGCUGAGCCGCACAGUGAUGGCGAAUGUAUGGUGACCGGUGGGGUCAAUGCCAAGCCCGAUCGUUCGUGAUUCUGUAGCUCUAAUUGUUAUCUUAUUAUACUGCUUAUAAUGCAUAUGUCAGAAAUCGUGAUUCCUGUGGGUUUUAUACAAUAAACAAUUUGUUUCGGA